AUGCAGACCAUCUGCUCGAAGCGCAAGCCUCGCACGAGCACUGUGUCCUCCAUGCAACCAACUACCACACGAUCCAAGUCUGCUGGCGGCAGCAUCUUUCAUGGAGAUGGCAGAAAGCUGCCGCAAGAUUACCUCGACGAGCGGACUAGCUUUGACCAUUAUGCCGCGCACUGGAUCAUCCACGAAUUCUCCGACGCGACAGAGGCCAGAGUCUACAUCACUGAGAACCCCAACACCUCUGAGAGAUCCGUAGUCAAGUACACGUUCCCCGUCCGAGUCCGAGACUAUCGCAAUCUCAAGCCGAAGGACACCAUCUGUUGGCACUACCCCAACGAGGCCCGCGCGCUCCUUGACCACAUCAGACCACACCCGGGGAUCGUGGAGCUUCUCGAGGUCAAUGCCGACAUGAUUCCAGGUCGCUUCAUGAUGCGCUUCGCCUACUGUAACGGUGGUGACCUGGUUAGCCAGAUCGCUUACACCCGCCAGAAGCGUCGUUCAACGGUUCAGGAGCCCUUCCUACUCCAUGUCUUGGUCGAGAUGGUCGACAUCCUCGCAUACACCCACCAUGGACUGCGCCAUGUCGGCGGUGGUCAGUACAUACAGCACCAGAACCACACGUCGAUGGUGCACGGCGAUGUCAAAGAAGAUAACACAUUCCUUCGCUGGGACACUUCUGAAGCAGCCAAAAGCGGCCUUCCAUCCAUCGUUCUCGGCGACUGGGGUACUGCGGUGGUCGCGGGCACCACAAACAACAACGUUGGACCAGGCACUUGGGUCUUCCAUGCUCCCGAAGAUGUCGCCAUCUACGAUGGCCAUUCAUUUGAGGACAUCGACACAUUCGAUGUCUAUCGACGGUUCCUCGAUUCACGUACCUCUGCCGUCGAUAUGUACGCGCUCGGCCACAUCAUUUACAAGCUCUCUGCCAACGAGAAUUUCAACUGGCCCAUCGGAAAGGAUCCUAGAGAGCUGAGAAUCUCGCGCCAAUACGAGACUCCGGGCUUGAAGGAAGUGGWGAUGAGCUUGCUGGCGGUCGACCCUCUCUUGCGUGGCGAGGCCAGCUUCAAGGAUAGCGUGGGCUUGCUUCCGAAGAUCCAGGAGCUGCGCGAGGCGCGGGACGUGAUGCUGGAGCGCCGCGGGAGGCCAGAUAUUAUGGACUGGCUGGUGAAGCCUGGUCGUGUCGCCAGUGGUUGA